GGGUUUUCUUCCUUCAUUCUUUAUAAGAAAAAACGAAAACGAAAAAGCGGGAUUAUCAUACUAUUUAUUUUAUAAUUACUUUUUCUUUUUAAUCAUCAUGAUGGACGUUUACACUGCAGACCGUCAGCAAUCGAUUAGUCCUGCUUCGUCUUUUACUUCGAGCACAUCACACAAAUCGUUGUGGACCAAGUUAUCGCAUCUUCUUCACCGAAAAUCCAUCUCCUCAUCACGUCGUAAUUCUUCAAGCACGUCCCAAUCCAGUAUAUCUUCCAAUGAUUCAAUGGAACGAUCGUCAUCGCAUCGCCGUGGACAUCGUCGAAAGGUUCUCGUGGACAGCAUGACAAGCGACACAGCUCCGAUGGUGAUCCCUCCUUUCAGUCCCACUUACUGCAAGCCGAACGAAUUCCCCUACUCCAAUUUCUACGUCAAGCUUCCCGAUGGUCGAUGGAUGAUCCGUUAUCGUUCUGGCAACCGUGACAUUCUUCGCACCGAUAUUGUCGAUGGUUGUUACAUCUAAUGUCCCUUGUUGUUGGUGUGUGUGUAUGGGUCGACAAUGCAUCAAUUUUUUUCUAAUCCCUUCCCCUCCGGCUAAUUUACCUUACCCUCGUCUAUUGUAUAUCAUUCAUUUCCCUCUCAUGUAUCAUAACGCAUCUUUUUUUUGUAAUUAUUUAUUCAAUCUAUUAUUAAAAGAACUGUUUUUGGCUCGGUUGAUCUCAUAAAUGCCAUUAUGUUUCAUUAAAACCAGCACCGAUUCAAAAGCAGGCAAGGGG